AUGUGGCUGGUUUUGUUGGCUGUGGAUCCGGGCGUACCUCCGGUAAACGACGCGCAGGGGUCACAGAAGCAGCCUCUGUGAUAAGUUAAAAAUCAAUGCUUCAAGCUCAACACCAGCAACAAGUUCGGUUUCUCCACAAUAUCCGCCACAACAUGAAUCUGGACAUAGAAUAUUCGAUUCGUUUAUAUCAUAUUAUUCAAAUUUUCGCGGGAAGAUCUCGAAUUGUUUUGUUGUCGAAACAACUCCGAAAUACUGGGAAUUCCGUGUUGAAAGAAUGCGAUUGAUGUUUUUCGUCAUCUCGUGUGAUUUAUGUGGAUUUGCGAAAUAUCGAUAUGGUACAAAAGGGCAGUUCAAUAUAAUUUGGACAAUAUUUCGAUUGGUUCCUCAAGGUGAGUUUUUUCGAAAUGAUUUCCAAAAAAUGAGUGUGGCAACACGUCAAUUUAUAUAUUUAAAAAAUUAUGCGUGCUGAUCGAAAUAUUAAAAAUUCGAAUAAAUAUUGAGCAAUUUUUGCAGAUCGUUUCAAAAUUCGACGAUUCAAAUGGUUCUAUUCGAUGAAUUCAAGGAUUUUUUGCCACAAAAAUCGCGACGAUUUUCAGUUUUGUUUUCAAUCAAUAUUUGAACAACCAGGGAAAUUGAGUUUAUGUUAA